AUGAUGUACCCGGACCAGCCUACGCCACCCUUCAACUCACCCUACCAACACCACGCAUCACGGACAGGCUCUCUACUUGAAUCACCUUACCCUUCACCAGGACAACAGGACCCGCGAUCAAAGUACCCGCAGGGGCUUGGCUUAUAUGAGGGCCCGCAUGCAUAUGCAAACGGUCUGCCACCAUCACCCCAACCCUCAGAAGACUGGUGCAACCAGUUCCAUCACACUGCCACACAAGAAGUCAUUGCCGACCCUUAUGUCUCGGGAGCUUUCGAACAUCCAGUCUCUCGAUCUCCUCAACCUUGGAACCCACCUCAGACGUCUCCGCGCUCCUCUUUAUCCUAUACUCGCGAAAUGUCGGCCUUCUCGCAUGAUGGCUCAGAGCAUACAUACUCGAGGGCCAAGAUCGAACCCUCCGGGUGGGGUCCAGAUGCCUGCUACGGCACUGAAGCACCUGUGGAAAUGACUGGAAUUCCAUCUUCAGGCCAAUCGCCACUCACAGUUGCUCCAGACCGGCUCAGUGCAAACAUGUACUCAUACGAGAGCGCAUACACAUCACCCGCCAUGCCCCGAUACGAACAGCUGCCAGUGUUUGAUUAUUCCAACCGCCCAUACGAGAGACAGCCCUCGGAAGAAAGCAUUGGUAGCCAGCGCUCGCGACGCACACGCUCUAGCUAUAGUGCUGCUCGUGGACGAACUCGUAAUCGCAGAUACACGGACCCUGCCCAUGCGCCAUUCCACUGCGAGAUUUGCCCUGAGAAGGGCUUUGCCAGGCGUUACAAUUACAACCAGCAUAUGCUCACGCACGAUCAAGACCGCAAGAAGGAAAAUUUGUGCCCACACCCUGGAUGUGACAAGCGAUUUGUACGCAAGACAGAUCUGGCGCGGCAUGACAUCAGUGUGCAUCAGAAGGUCAAACCAUAUCAUUGCACAAGGUGCUCUUCAGCGUUCCCUCGCAAAGACACACUGCGCAGGUAA